ACAUUACCUAACAUUAUUAAUAAAAUAAAAUCCAACGGAGAAAUAGAGAGAGAAGCAGAGAGAGAGAGAGAGUGUUGUUGUUGUUAAUGGCGCAUUCGAGGGGCCACGUGGCGAGCAGCUGCCUCCGCCGGACCCUCUCCGCGGCGACCAUCGUCUCCUCCGGCGAGAAGCUCGCCGGCGGCGUCCGGCGCCUCGCCGCCGGGCUGGUGGAGUACGGCAUCGGCGUCGGCGGCGUCGUCGCCGUCGCCGCGCUCAACAGUGAUGAGUACAUAGAACUGUUCCUUGCUGUCACAUACAUUGGUGCAAUUGUAGCUCCUCUCAAUCACCGCUGGAGCUUUGAGGAGGCAAGAUCAGCAAUGGAGGUUGUACAGCCCACAAUGUUAGCUGUUGAUGGCAGCUGCUUCUCAUGGGCUGUAGAGCUCAGGAAAAGCAAUUGUUUGCCAUCUCUAGCUCUCUAUCUUCUUCUUGGUGAUCAUUCUCCUGCCCGCAGCAGCUUCGGAAGUUUUUUAACAGUGCAUAACAUUAAAUCGAGUUCUCGCGGCAUGAUAACAUUGGAGCCUUCAUGGGCACCAAAAGACAUUGCCCUGAUAUGCUUCACAUCAGGAACUACCGGACGGCCAAAGGGUGCGGCGAUAAGCCAUACGUCUUUGAUCGUCCAGUCCCUCGCCAAAAUCGCCAUCAUUGGUUACGGUGAGGAUGAUGUAUACCUUCAUGCAGCUCCAUUGUGCCACAUUGGUGGGAUCUCUUCAUGCAUAGCCAUGCUAAUGGUCGGAGCUCGCCAUGUUUUACUGCCGAAAUUCGAUGCCGAAUCGGCUUUUAAAGCCAUUAAAGAGCGCAAAGUGACUUCGUUUAUCGCUGUCCCUGCGAUGAUGGCUGAUCUAGUUUCCUACAGCAGAAGAGUGAGUGAACUAGAAGGUGUAGAAACCGUGACCAAGAUUCUUAACGGCGGCGGUGGCCUCUCAGAAGAGCUUGUCGAAGGCGCGAGUCGCUUGUUUCCUCGCGCCACCAUUUGUUCAGCUUAUGGUAUGACCGAGGCCUGCUCUUCGCUUACCUUCAUGACCCUUCGCAAUCCAACACUUCAAAAGCCUCGAGAGCUUCUUCAAAGCAAAUAUGUGAUUAGAUCUGAGCUACAUUGCCCUAAACAAGAAGGCGUUUGCGUCGGAAAAGCAGCUCCUCAUGUCGAACUGAGAAUAAGUGGUGAUCAGAACAGUAACAGCAACAGCAACAGCAGCUACGGUUCGCGGUUAGUCGGAAAGAUCUUGACUAGAGGAUUGCAUGUAAUGGUCGGUUAUUGGGACCGUAGUGAGGCAAUUUUGUUGGAUUCUAUUGAGCAUGGGUGGCUCGACACGGGUGACAUCGGUUGGAUCGAUGGAGAUGGUGAUUUAUGGCUCAUGGGGCGGGAAAAGGGUCGAAUUAAGAGCGGCGGAGAAAAUGUUUACCCCGAAGAGGUAGAAGCUGUUCUCGCGCAGCAUCCGGGGAUUGCGAAAGCCGUGGUGGUCGGUGCUCCCGACGUCCGGCUAACCGAGAAAGUAGUUGCUUGCGUUAUCACUAAAGAUGAAUGGAGUUGGGUUGGUAGGAAAAGUAAUCACUCAGAAUCAGGAAAAGAAUUAUCUGCUGAGAUCCUCCAAAGACAUUGCAGGGAGAGAAACCUAAGCAGAUUCAAAAUACCCAAGAGUUAUGUGGUGUGGAAGAAGCCAUUUCCAGUGACCACAACAGGGAAAAUCAGAAGAGAGGAUGUGAAAAGAGAGGUUACAUCCUGCAUGCAUGUGCCCAGCAAUUUGUAAUUUCAGGGAAAAUUUUAGCCAUUCAAUUUUGGAGCAUCUCAUCUGACUUCUUUUUAGAGGAGAACAUUUGCAGUUAAUUUAAGAGUAUGUACUCAAAAACUCAAAACUCUGAUUUAAAAGGUAAAAAAAAUAAAAGCUCAAGAAAUUAUGUCUUCAC